CAUAUAAAAGAUGUCUUAAUUUAAAAUUAUCAUUCUGUUGAAAAUUACUGAAGAUAUAGAAGAAACGUCUCUUGGAAGCUGUUGUGAAAGAAACAUACUAAAUGAAAACUCUUUUGUUCUUGAUAACUUUGUCAGUGAUGACUGCCCUUACAGCAGGUUGCAACGACAGCUAUCAAUAUGCAAGGUAUUGUGCCGCCUAUAGGCGUGGUGGAUAUUGCCGCAAUCAAUAUCGGUCCUUUAUGUUACAACACUGCAGGAAAACAUGUGGUUUGUGUUCCAUCAGGAUCACAAAAUGUUUAGACACUUCUCCGCAGAGAUAUAAUUGCAACUGGUGGAAAAAACAAGGGUAUUGUAGAAAGGGUCAUUAUUGGUAUAAAUAUAUGUCUCAGCAAUGUCGAAAAACUUGUGGAUUGUGUCGUAAAGACGUAAGGAAAAAACCAACGCCAAAAAAGACAGUAAGAACUACAAAGAAGGCAAUAAAAACAACAACAACAGCAACAACGACGACGACGACAAAAAAGAAAAUCACAGCGCCAACCAGUUCUGCCAUCUGCUUAAACACGAAAAAAUACGAAAAGUUUUGUCCAAAAUGGAAGCAUUUAUGUCGAAAAUCAACGCCAUCAAAUCCAAAUAAAUGGCAACGGUUUAUGACAGAUCAUUGCAAAAAGACAUGCGGAUGGUGUAACUCCACACAUAAUCUGAAUUGUGGCGUAGAUAAAAAAGGCUUCCUUGGAUCAAUCAUAGACGGUACUAGAGCUACUCCCAACACGUGGAUUUGGCAAGCAGCGAUAUAUUGGUGGGGUUCGUUUGUGUGUGGUGGUGCGUUAAUUACUCCCAACCAUAUUUUAACUGCAGCACAUUGCGUCAGAUAUAGAGACAGCGACAAGAUGGUUGUUCGUCUUGGUGAUCAUAUAAGGGAUAUUAAAGAAGGCCCCGAACAAGAAAUUGGAGUUGAAGCUGUAACAUAUCAUGAACAAUACAAUGGAGGUACACUGGACAAUGACAUUGCUAUAAUAAAAUUAAAGAAACCAUUCACCUUAAAUAGUUAUGUUGGAAUUGCAUGUUUACCUGAUGAGAAAGAAACACCUGGAAAUCAGUGCUAUAUAACAGGAUGGGGAAAGACGAACAUUACUGGUGUUCAAACCAACAUUCUGCAAGAAGCCGAAAUGCCUGUGUUAACCUAUGCUCAAUGCUCUAAAAAAAACAUUGACUUAAACGGGAAUUCAAGAAUUACAGAAAAUAUGAUGUGUGCUGGUUAUAUAGCUGAUAAAAAGACAUCUGGAUGCGAUGGAGAUUCCGGUGGUCCUUUCGUUUGCAAGAAUAAAAAAGGCAAAUGGGUACUUCAUGGAAUUGUGAGCUGGGGAUCGGCACGCUGUGACGCUAAACAUCGAUACACUGUUUUUGCCAAAGUGUCAAGAUAUUUACAUUGGAUAAAAAAUAAUAUGUAAAAUUUUAACUUUAAAUGUAAAUAUAUAUACAUACAAACGUUGGUACAAAAUAAUAAUCACUCUUUGGUGAUGAUAAAAGUC